UCACUUGGAUCUAUUAUUCAAUCAUGAGCUGAAGGCAUUGUGUGCACUAUCAAGCCUUGAAAAUGCUAGACACCAUUUUGAAAAGGAAAAGUUGGGAGCUUUCUCCGGGUGAGACCAAGCCCAUCACUCCAAAAAUGUACUUUGGAUUUUUCCUGAAAAACGGUUGGACACUUCUGCUGUCAGUGGGAGUGCCCAUCUUGCUGAUCGUUGUUCCACUGUGUCUCGAGGGUCACACCGGCAAGGAACCAUAUGCAGCCUACGUUAUCAUUCUCAUGGCCAUUUACUGGUGCACUGAAUGCAUUCCGCUUCCAGUUACGGCCUUUUUGCCAGUCAUUCUCUACCCAGCGUUUGGUAUCAGCGAUACAGAUAAAGUGACAUCUGCAUAUUUUUCGGACUCGAUCAUGUUUCUCUUUGGAGGCUGUGUUCUGGCGUUGUCAUUCGAGUACACAAAUCUACAUUCUCGAAUUGCUUUACACGUUAUCAUGUUCGUGGGAGCUAAACUUCCUCAGUUAAUGCUUGGAAUUAUGGGGACAACGGCAUUCUUGUCAAUGUGGAUGAACAAUACGAGCACUACAGCAAUGAUGGUCCCUAUUGUGGAUGCAAUAAUUACCGAAUUAAAAAAGAAAAUGCUAGAAGUGCAUACGGAAGAUGCUCCGACGCCAACGAGCGAUGCAGUUCUGCCCGCUACUGAACAACAACCCCACACAGUAAAAGCUGAGGACCCUUCAAAGAAACCUGACAAAGAUGAAAAAUUGCGAAAAAUAAAUAAGCGUAUUCAUAAUAUUAAAACAAUGUUUUUGUUGGCCACAGCAUAUUCAAGCAAUAUUGGGGGGACGGGCGUUAUUACGGGAAGUGGAACCAACGUUAUUGUGUUGGACUUGGUACGCAAAGACGCGGACGAAGAAUUAGCCUCCCUGGAAUGCAAAAAGAUGCUAGAGAUAAGCUUCUUGGAUUGGAUGCUGUUCAACAUUCCGCCGAUGUUAAUAAAUAUAAUCCUGUGUUGGAUCUACCUUCAAAUUCACUUUCUUGGAAUUCCUCAGUUUCUGAAAUUCUGGGAAAAGAAGACUGAAGAGCAGAUGGAGAUUGAAGCAAUGAACAGCAAGUUUGAAAAAAGCGUCGAGACCACAAUGAAACGACAGUAUCAGGAGUUGGGCCCCAUUCGUUUCAACGAGUUGGGAGUUCUAGUGUUAUUUAGCAUCAUGGUUGUCUUGUGGGUAUUUAAGGACCCCCAGUUCAUUCCCGGCUGGGACGCACUACCAUUUUUUGAUAGAACUCCAAGCGGAAAAAGUCUCAUCAAAGAGUGCACCUCAACGUUACUAAUUUGUUUCAUCAUGUUCGUAACGCCAGGCCGUGCUAUUUAUUACAAAACGAUUGGAUCAGGAGGCCUUGGUGAAGGUGUGAAGGAUCCUUUACUCUCAUUUGAUUUCAUCAUGAGAAAAUUUCCGUGGGGAAUAUUCAUACUUUUAGGCGGAGGCAGUGCGAUGGCGUUGGGAGCCAAGGAGUCGGGACUGAAUAAAUGGGUUGAAGAAUUUCUGGAGACCAAUGAAACGCUGAAGACGCUCCCGGGUCCAGUAAUUUUGGGAAUUGUGUUGAUAUUCAUUGCAACUUUAACUUCCGUGGCUUCCAACACUGCAACUGCCGCAAUCGUUACUCCAGUUUUGCUCGGAUUGUCCUAUGUGAAGAAUAUGCACCCAUUGUACAUGGUUUAUGCUGCAUCAACAGCAUGUUCAUACGCGUUCGUUCUCCCUGUGAGUACACCACCCAAUGCUAUUGUAUAUAGUUCCAGUGAUCUAAAGUUGGCAGAAAUGAUGAAGCCUGGAUUCCUGAUUAACAUUAUUUGUCUGGUAAUUUUGUUUGUGACCACGCACACUACUUCGUGGUGGAUAUUUGGAUUUGGGGAUUACAACGGAGAGUGUAGCAGUAUGGCAACGUUGUCAGAGGCGCCCGCAGGUCAUCACUAACCAAUAAACCCUAGCAUAUUGCGACGAUUUUGCCAAGUGCGUUAUCUUCUAAAUAUGCAAUUAGCUUUGAAGAAACGAAUCAUGUAGUUAAAAAAUGUCACCAAUCAAGUAUUCCGUGGCGACAUAAAUUUAUAUAUUUGAAUAAAAUUAACAUUACCAGUAAAA